UCUUCAAAAUCAAACCCGGAAAACAGAAGAAAGACUCUAGUCGUCAGUGUCUCACUGUCGUAGUCUCUCAGACAGACUGACGAUUGUUUCAGGCUCUGAAAAGUUUCAACUGGUAACUUCAUAACUUGUGGUUCGUAUCACCCAUCAAUCCAGACAAACUCCUCACCUCCACAUAAAACCCAAAAACAUCUCGAUUCAAAAUCGAACCCGGGAAACAGUAGAACAAACACAUGAAUAAAAUCUUAUAUUUUAUUCACCAAAAGAUAUCAGUAAAAUCCAUAAUCCAUUUGAGGUGAGUUUGGUAGAGCCGUUUACGGAAAUGGCUACCAUUGCAGGAGUUGGGGUGUCAGUUGGUCUUCGUUCCUGUUUGAAGUCCAGAAUCCCAACUGUUUUACCAUCACCAUUUAUCGGAAGAAAGCUCGAAAGCAGAACCUCUUCUCAACCCAAAGAAGGAAAGAAGAUCCUCUCGCUGGUACGUGCGGGAGUUGAUGUGGUGGAUCUCGUUCAACACCUCUUUAUCGGCGUCGGGGUGGGGCUUCCCUGCACGGUUAUGGAGUGCGGAGACAUUAUCUAUCGGAGCACUCUUCCCAGGUCCGACGGUCUCACCAUCACAGCCCCUGGUGUUGUUCUUGCUCUGGGUGCUUUAUCUUACCUCUGGGCUACCCCUGGUGUGGCUCCUGGUUUCUGGGACAUGUUCGUUCUUGCCUUUGUAGAGCGACUCUUCAGGCCUACUUAUAGAAAGGAUGAUUUUGUUUUGGGAAAGAAGUUGGGUGAAGGCGCUUUUGGUGCGGUCUAUAGAGUUUCAUUGGCAAAGAAACCUGGUUCCAAGGAAGGUGAUCUAGUCUUAAAGAAGGCUACUGAAUAUGGUGCAGUGGAGAUUUGGAUGAACGAAAGGGUCCGAAGAGCUUGUGCAAGUAGCUGUGCAGAUUUUGUGUACGGCUUUCUUGAGAGAUCUUCCAAAAAAGGAGGUGAAUACUGGCUCAUUUGGCGGUUUGAAGGGGAGGCAACUCUUGCUGACCUGAUGCUGAAUAAAGACUUUCCUUACAAUGUUGAAACAAUGAUUCUUGGUGAGGUCCAGGAUUUACCAAAGGGAUUGGAUAGGGAAAAUAGAAUCAUCCAAACAAUCAUGAGACAGCUUUUAUUUGCUUUGGAUGGACUCCAUUCAACAGGGAUUGUUCAUAGAGACAUCAAGCCCCAGAAUAUUAUUUUCUCCGAAGGGUCUCGGGCAUUUAAGAUCAUUGACCUUGGGGCUGCAGCUGACUUGCGAGUGGGAAUAAACUAUAUACCAAAAGAGUUUCUGUUGGACCCAAGGUAUGCAGCACCCGAGCAAUACAUCAUGAGCACACAAACUCCAUCAGCGCCCUCAGCUCCUGUUGCGACUGCUUUGUCCCCAGUCCUGUGGCAGAUGAAUCUACCUGAUAGAUUUGAUAUAUACAGCGUUGGACUCAUAUUCUUGCAAAUGGCAUUCCCAUCAUUACGCACAGACAGUAGCCUCAUACAAUUCAACCGCCAGCUGAAAAGAUGUGGAUACGAUUUGGCUGAAUGGAGGAAAACUGUAGAGCAUCGUGCCAGCCCAGAACUCAGGAGAGGAUUUGAGUUACUGGAUUUAGAUGGUGGGAUAGGGUGGGAACUUCUCACAUCUAUGGUUCGGUACAAAGCACGGCAAAGGACCAGUGCUAAGGCUGCUUUAGCUCAUCCAUAUUUUGAUAGGGAAGGUCUACUGGCUCUUUCUUUCAUGCAGAACUUGCGGCUGCAGCUGUUUCGUGCUACUCAGCAGGAUUAUAGUGAAGCAGCCAAGUGGGUAAUCAAACUUCUGGCAAAAUCUGGGACGAAGAAGGAUGGUGGAUUGACUGAAGCUCAACUUGAGGAGCUCAGGGAAAUGGGACCAAAGAAUAAGACAAGUGUUCAAUGGAAUGCUCUUGCAUCCGUGCUUAGACUCCAGAGGAAGAUUAUAAGAACACUAAAUGAGAGCAUUGAUGAACUCAACCGACGUAGAAACAGCCUAUGGUGGAGCAGGUGGAUCCCCAGAGAGGAAUAAAGAAGGUAUACCUACUGUAAAUUUUGUGUAAGCAUUCUAAUUGCCCAAUUUAGUUGAGUGAGGUGGCUAUGUUAAGUUGUUGAUUGAGCAACCGGUGUAUAUAGCUAGAAUAAACUCUUUAGUCAAGAAUGUACAAACCAUAAUAAUCUUCCACAAGUAUAAAUGUUUAGUAAGGAUUAAUAAAAGCAUAUAAAGUAUCCAUGGUGCUA